AUGGCAGAACCCAGUGCAGAGGAGAUGGAGGACAGGUCAGACGCUGUCAGCACCGAGUCGAACCCUCGAGUGGCCACUGUGGCAUUCGAAUUCCUGCCCAGCCCGGGCAUGCGAUGCAGCCGCUUCCGAAUGUCGCAGGAGGUCAUGGCUGCCGGUGACGGCGACGAGGAGGAGCCGGCGGAGGAAGGCAUGGAAGGCAUGGAAGUUUGCCGGCCGCGGGACGAAGAGGAGGAGGCUCUCCAACUUGACCACCAGCUCGACCAAGGCAAGUUCCACGUUGGUGUCAGCUGGGUGCACCUCAGCGGUUUGAGGGGGAAACGCGAGCAGUACAACGGCAUGAAGUGCUUGAUCUCGUCCUUUGGCAUACGUGACCCUUCGAAGGUCAAGGUCCGCAGUGCCGAGAAGAACGAGGACGGAAAGUACAUUGCUCUCUGGGUGAAGCGCAUUAACUGCCGCAACACCGUGCACAAGGACACCGGCGCUUGGAAAGCGACACCGAACCCCGAGAACACCGGAGCCACGGGAGCAGCCAGAUGGGUGGCGCUGGGUCGACCUGAGGUGGAUGCCAUGCAGGGAAAGCUGAAGUUCCAGAAGACCGAGGAGGAGGAGGCGGCCCGCGCCGAGCUCUUCAAGCUGGUUGACAUCAAUCACAACGGGAUGGUCAGUUUGGCAGAGAUCGACAAGGCCCUCCCGGAGGUCAUGGGCUGCACAGCGCUCUUCAAUGCGAAGCCCGCCAUCAUCCGAGCCUUUCUGGCAGCGACGGGACGUCCUCCCGCCCGGCAUGAUGCUGCAGCGUAUCGGGAGCACGAGAAGCACUACGUUAAGCCGGGUGAGCAAUUCCGCUUGCUGUUGCAAUACCUCCACGAGUUUUUUGAGAUGUACCUGAUAUUCCAAGACAUGGCCGACGCUGACGAAGACCGUCGCAUCGACUGUCAGGAAUUCGCCAAGUUCGUGACAUCUGGAAAGGCCGAGAAAGUUGGCAUCAAGGUCACUCCGGAGAUGUUGGAGGACAAGUGUGGCGACACCCCCAUGCCCGGUUACUCCAUCUUCAACGAGAUUGAUGAAGAUCAAGGAGGCUGCAUCUUGUUCAAGGAGUUCUCCGACUACUGCAUCAGAAUGGGCUUGAAGGAUCCGGAUCGCGAGCCCAGGCACGGUGAUUCGUCCAAGCUGCGAGAGAUGUUCCGCAGCGCCAAAGACAUGGACGAUGCCAUGUCGCUGGGGCGGUUCGUUGAGAUCCUGAAGAAGGUGGGCAUCAAGGACUCGGAGAUUGAUGCAAUGAUCAAGUCCACAGACAAGAACCACGACUACAAGAUCGAUGUGGAUGAGUUCAUGGACUGGCUGAUGGACGAGAACCACAGGCUGUUGGGCUGCCAAUGUGAGCCUGAAGCGAAUUGCUUCCUGAUCGUGCUGCGAAGGCGGCAGUUUCAAGCAUGCACUUUAUCUCUGGAAAAGACAGGCCGUCCCAUGGCGGCGCAGCUGAAAGAGAUCGUUGACAGGCUCAAUGCCGCUCCGUUCAACUGUGACUUGUCCCUUGUGGGCUUCGAUGAGAAGGACCCGUUCGAGCUCAUGGAAAUCCUGAAGAAGGUGCUGGUGUUCCUGGAUGCGAAGCAUGAUAUUGAUUUGCGGGAGGAGAAGCCGGAUGUGAUGUAUCAGCGUAUCUCCGAGUUCUUGCACAUCCUUGGAUACCAGUGUUCCUUUGAUAUCGAGUUUCAGCAGGGCCUGAGUUUAGGUGACAAAAACACAGUACAUCCAAUCCUUUAUUGGCUGCUCAACAACCUUGAUGCCUUGAAAAAGCGUGCCUACUUGGCGAAGUUCUGCAUGAAUCUGGAGGUUCCGGAGGAGUUUCUGCGAGAAGAGCAGGUCUUCUCCGUGUACCAGAACUACAAGGAGCUGCAGUCCCAGUUCAAGGCAACGCACUCGCAUGUGGAGCAGGAGCGACAAGGUCGCAUGAAUCCUGUGGACUUGCAGCGCGAGGUCCAGCAGCUCGAUGCAGAGCGCGAGCAGCUUGCGCAGAAGAUCCAGCAUCUCAAGGCGAAGACCGAACGAGAUGAGGGCUUCGCCACGCUGCUGGAGGCUGGCUGCAGUGGGCUGCAGCAUCGAGUGACUUCGAUGCUCCGAAAGGAGCAGGAGGAGGAAGCCCGACUAGCGGAAAAGUUGGCCGAGCAGAAGUACCAGCUGGUGCCUCAGAGUGAGCAACUUUACAUCGAGCGGUCUGCUCGCUUGCGUGAGAUGCGAGAGGCUGCGCUCCACGAAGGCGAAGGCAGCGCCGAGGUCAUGCUGAAGAUGCUUAGCGCCGAGGUCGUCAAAAGCAGGGAGGCCCUGGCACGAGUCAGGAAGGAGUCCGAGGAGAAGAUGGAUCGUCUCCGGGAGUUGGACUCGGCCCUCAGCGAGCCUCCGGUGACCAAGAUGGACAUCGACAGCCUCGAGGGCGAGAUCCAAGCCAUGCAGAAUGAGAUCCACUCCCUCGAAGAGAAGGUAAAUGAGCAGAACCAGGACUCGCGACUAGCGGUGUACAAGCAGCAGGCAAACCUCGUCGCCAAAAAGAAGGAGGCUGUCCUGAAGGACAAGAGGAUGUUGGAGGACGAGAGAGACAGUCUGAGCAAAGACCUGUCGACGAAGGAGCGAGAAUAUGAGCAGAUGAAAGGCCACAAGUUCAUGAAGCGGGAGGACUUCAAGACCUACGCGGCCUCACUGAGGGACAAGUCUGCCAAGUUCAAGCUCAAGAAGGCUGAGCUCAGCGAGCUUAGACACGAAGUGGCGGUACUUCAGAGGACCGAGCAGAUCUUGCAGUCGAAAGACCCAACUCCUGCCGGGCUAGUUGAGACGGAGCAGAUGCUCGAGAAGGCAUCCGUUGAGAAGUCUCAGGUAGACCGGGCGAAGGGCAAGACUCUUGAUGAGAUCUCGGCCAUUGUCCAAAAAAUCAAUGCUCAGCUCAAGGAGAAGAAGAACAAGCUGGCCCCACAAAUUAAGGCACUCCGGUCGAUCCGGCAGAGCUUCCAGCAAGUGGAGGUCAAGUAUUUGGAGAAGAAGGGCCAGUACGACCAGGCGAAAUCAGCUGUCGACGCUGACCUUUCCAAAGUCGCAAGUGAUGCCGAGAGCCCAAGAGAGUCCUUUCAGCGCCUGCGGCCCGGGCCUGGCCGGGCUGAUGCCCACGCGUCGGCCAUGGCAACCGCCGGAUACAGGCGUGCCAGCUCCACGCUUGUGGAGGCCAGCAACUAUGAUGCCAACUCGAUGCCGAACCGAUCCUUGACGACCCCGGCAGACUGGAGGAGAGAAGAGGAUGGCGACACAGAUCCAGAGGAACACUCAGACAGCGAAUUCAUUGUGACGGGUGAGAUCGCCAACCGAGCAAUCACCCUGCCCAGCUUGACAGCCAAGAAGCUGAUGGAGAUCUUUCCGCAAUACGACGAUGGCUUCCGGCCAGGCUUCGGUUCUCCGUAUCGCCAUGGUCGAAGGCCGAGCAAAAGCCGCCGACAGCGGGAAAAGGUUCUCCAGGAUUUGGCAGAGCGUCUCCACCACAACAGCUUCGACUUCGUGGCUGAGCGUGAGGCUGCAGCGGCGGCGGCCGCCAAAGCUGCAGCAGCUCCCGGCGGUUUUCGUGCAGAGGAGACAGUUAUCAUCUUUGACUGGGAUGAUACACUGUUUCCUACAUGGUUUGUCACAGAGGUGGUCAACCCCUGCCUGGAAGAUCCGCAGUGCGAGCAGCUGCCUGCCACCAGCCCGUUCCUUGAGUGCCUCCAAAGCCAAGGGCAAGCGGUCGAGCGAAUCCUGCGUGAAGCGCGAGUCAAUGGUCGUGUAGGGAUCGUUACUUUGGCUCAGCGCCCGUGGGUGCUAAACUCUGCUGCAAAGUACCUCCCAAAUCUAGACUUGCCAGCCUUACUGGACGAGCUUCAAAUCCCAGUCAUUUACGCCCGGGAGUGCUUGAAAAAGUACUUGAUUCAGGGCGGAAGCGAAGAUGGCGUAUGCUUGUGGACCCUGGCCAAGCAGGCAGCCAUGACGAAGGUGCUCCGGCGAUUGUAUGGCAGGGAGGCGGCGUGGAUGAACGUGCUCUCGAUCGGAGACUCAACAGUGGAGCGCACCGCCAUCACGGAAGUCAUGUGGUCCUCCCAGUACGAGCCCGUGAUGGACGCUUCCGGAAGAAUUCCUUGCUGCAAGACCAUCAAGUUAAUGGACGACCCCAGCGUUGAGCAGCUGCAGACCCAACUCAUCAUGCUGAGCAUGUGGAUGACGCAACUCGCUCAACACGGUCACGACUUCGACUUCUCCUUGGAUGUUUGCCGUCAACACGUCGGCCUAGAGCAUCUCCUGCUGAUGGGCGGCCUGGCAUGUUCUUCGAUGUUUGUCGUUGAGUCCGGACACUUAGAGCAGCAUCCGAGGAAAAUGCCCGUCCUGGGUGUGUCUGAAUUGCUUUUUGUUUCGACCGCGGUCAAGCUAGCUCCUGGCAUGUUUCAGCCGGAGAACGAUAUAGACGUAGACAUAGACUCUCAGUGGGAGGACCACGCCCGACUUUCACCACAGGAAGACAUUGCCUCAGGAACUCUGUGGGUGUCCUCUCAGAUGGAGAUCAUCACAACUUUUGAAGCACAGAUUCGGCUGGAAGCUCGAACGCCUGGCAAAGAACGGGUCCGGCAGCUCGAGAACGAAGUGCAGGAAGCCGAGCAGAACUACCACGAGCUGAACAUGCAGCUGCUCACCGCUGAAAGCAAGCUUCAAAGAGCACAGUGGGAGGCACGAUGCCUUCGAAGAGAGGAAGGGGCGCGCCACUCGCAGGAGUAUGCGACUCUGUCCGAUCAGUAUGCGGCAGAGAUCAGCAGGCUUGACGAGCAAUGCAAGGAUCUUCGCAAAGAUCAGAAGGUCGUGAAAGAGUCCCACGAGGAAAAUCUGAAGCAAAAGCGAGCUUUCGUCCAGCUGGAGAAGCUGAUACAGAUAAAGCUCAAGGUGUCCAUGCAGGAGUUGCAGAACAUGGCAGAGGGCAGGUGCCCAGACUCCAUGCUUCUAGUAGGGGUUUCGCAUUAG